AUGCCUGGUCUGGAGAUCCCAGGUGAAUUCUUGCGUCAUGCAAUUCUUGAUACCGUCGUGCUUCAUGCUCCAGCAUUUGACAUUGAGCGCGCCCUGAGUUCGGCCCUAGAGGACGGAGCUGAUGAUCUCCCCUCUGUUCUCUCGUCAAUCCCCCAACGGUCUCUAUUGUUCUUUGAUGAAUUUUUGCCUGUCCGUAUCAUCUUGAGACUAUCUGAUUGCUCAGAAACGACCUUGAAACACUACCUGCCACGACUCGAAGUCAAGCUCGAUGUCUUUGCUGUCGAUCCAGCAGAAUCAGUUGGCGAAAACCUCACGCCAACUCGCGAUAUAAUAUUCUCAGGAAUUGUCGGUCGAGAUGAGGAUCCCCUAGUAGUCUUCAAUGAAUUCGAAGGUGAUGAAGGCAGUGGGAAUCAUGUCUAUUUGGUUUGGAACAUCGAGACUAUACUGCGGCGUCCCCGUAUUCGAAUCCAACAUCCGUCACUCUUAUUCAUUGCGUCUGCCAGUCUGAAUCCGGCUGACGCUCGCCGUCGAGAGAAUUCGGGGGAUGACUAUCUCCCCUCACUCGUCCCCGCAUCGACCAAUAUGCUGCAAUCUCUAUCCACUGAUAAAUCUUUCAAUCAUAAAGAGCCUUUCCUCCCCGCUUCCAGACUAUUGAGGGUUGUACCGACAACAUACGACGAAGACCCGAUUUACAAUAUCCAGCAACAACACGGUCACCCCUUUCGCGUUGUGCCAGCCGCAAGCGCAAGGAUUCGAUACUCUCGGUUAAGCUCCUACACGGCUAUACCGAUGACCGUGGCCAGUCUUGACUUUGAGGUCACCCCUUAUCUGGCUUGCGAGGUCUCCUUUGACAAAGCGAAUCUUCACCUGUCCGAGGGAACGAUUGAGUCGCUUUCAGACACACCGGGCCUGGCUCUUCCUAUUACUUGCCGUCCGCGAGACGAUGUGACCCUCAUGUAUAAACUUACACCGGAGUAUGGCCCAGAGACCAAUCCAUCAUCUACCGCGUUAGUCAGCACGCUGGACAUAUCUCUCGAGGCAGCAAUUCUUGUGGAUGACGACUGCAAGCCACGUAUUUCUAUGCAGUGGAGAACCAACGUCGAUUUCUCAGUCGCCCUAAAUCCGAAUUUUGGGGGGCCCAGUCCAGCGCUGCAAAGGACCAACCGCCCUACCAGUCUAUCGGUGUCAACCCAAGUGGGUGUGAACCCUCAUCGAAGCUCAUUGCGAGAACGAGCAUAUUCGGUCACCGACGUGGGUAUCACAAUCUCAUUCUCUGGACCUGUUCGUGUGCAAGUGGGCUGUGUCUUCUCUUGGGAUGUUUUUAUUGUCAAUCGAUCAAACGCUCCUCGAAAGUUUGCCUUGAUCGCCAUACCCAAGCGGAAAAGCGUGGACCCACGAGGCCAUGUUGCUCGGCCUUCAUCGUCAUCUAUCACCAGCCGGAAAGAGGACCAAGUGGCCGAGGCGGUAACUGACGAUAAUAUCGUGCAUGCGAGGCAAAAGAGUGUGGCUGGUCAGGAAGUGGAACUGAUCAGCUUGAGCACAGACAUUCGCGUGGGCCCCCUCCUCCCAGGAACUUGCCAUUCGACUGAACUCAAACUCCUUCCCCUAGCUACAGGCCCACUUCAUUUGGAGGCGGUCCGGCUUGUAGAUGUGAACACGAACGAAACGACUGAUAUCCGAGAUCUUCCGGACAUUUUGGCGGAUGAUCAGCCUCGCUCUAGUUAA